AUGUCUAGAAAUUUAGUUGUUUACCGUCAAUUGUUAAGAGAGGUGAAUCAACAGUAUACCAAAGGUGCCAAUAACCCAACAUUUGCAGCAGAAUUAAAGGCUAUUUAUCGUAAGAAUCAAACGAUUGAGGAUGCUUCCAAGGUAGCUGCUUUGAAUAACAAUGCGGAAAAUGUGUUGACCUUUUUGACAAGUUCCAGAAAGCACAAGGAAUUACGUGCGUUAUAUUCAGCUAUUAUUAUGGAACAAAAACGACGUAUUGAACUUUCAGCUAAUCGUGUUGGUUUGAAUUUACCAAAAAUGUAUGAUCCUGAAAACCCUCAACCAUUGACUAGUAAAAAGGAAGAAGAACUUGUAUAA